AUAUAUAAUCUUUUUUGGUCAUUAGUACAAUGAUGGCAAUUGAUAAUAUAUGAUAAUAUGGUAGAUUUUACGUGUAUUUCUCAGAAAGUUCUAGACGAUCCAGAAGUAUUCAUAAUGGAUUCUGACAGAAUAGUGGCGAGUGAAAAUUUAUUUAAACUGCAAUGUUUAAUUAAAACCACUGAGAUACAGCACAGCGUGCAAUGUAAAUUGGGAAGGAAAUUAUUUUUUGCAUUGGCUACUAAUAAUGCUGAAAUUAUUUUUUAUUUUAAAAGAGAAUCCUGUUUACCUGUUAUUAAAAGAAUACCUUGGUUUCAAGGGUUACAUAAACAAAUUGCUGCUUUUUGUUUUGAUCCAAAUGGUACUUGGUUAUUAUGCAUAACUUUAGAUGGUUCAUUAUACAUAUUACCAGCUUUAACUUUAGUCGAUGAAAAUUGUAUUAUUGACAAAAGAUGGAAAAUUGAUGAUGUAACAUAUAUCCCUUUUGUAAAUUCUCAACUUUCUCAUUUUAGACCAAUAGCUAUGACAUGGUGGAAAAAUAUGAAAAUAUUUAUGGAUAUAGGCGUUAUAGGAACAGAAUGUGGAGCGAUUAUAUUUAUAAAUCUUUUAAAUGGACAACAAUUAGGCAUAACAUAUAUUAAUGGCAAUAUAAGCAGUCUACAUAUUUGUCAAAAUGAAAAUAAUGAGGUUGUAUCUCUUUUAAUAACUAGCAAAUUUCAACGACAAUGGCGUUUGCCUUUGGAACAUAUGUCUUUUAAUAUUCUAUACAAUUAUGAAAACAAAGAACUGUAUAAUGAUCUAAAUUUAAAUGUUUACGACAACAUGGAAGAUUUUAUUCCUAAUAAAUCUAAAUUACAAGAACUGAAGCAACUCUCUGUGGGGAAACUGGCUAUUCUUAAGCAGAAGUUGAUUGAUACUAAAAAUCAAACAUUAGGAGAGAGUUCGCAAUGCCAUGAUACUGCAUGUAUUAAAGAAAACAAUAAUGGAAUACCUGUUAAUUUGGAAAUAUCAGAAUCCAAAUUAGGUUUUGUUAGUCCAGAGCCAAUAUCAAAAGAUAGUUUCCUAUCUUUACAAUAUGAUAGAGAAGAUCAGCAAUUGUAUACAUAUUAUCAUCCUGUCACUAAUCACAUAACGGUACAUGGUCCAAAUCUAACUAUGGUGCCAUUGUCAAUGCACAAAGUAUUCGGGUCAUGCGGGACUGUUCUAUUAGCGCACAGAUUCUUUUUUAUUACCGAUGUUAAUAAACGUGUACUAUAUAUAAUAUCUGAUCAAUUAUCGGAGACACAUGUUGACAAAGACUGUCAAUUUAAUUCCGAAUCUGUUAUUGGAACAUUUUCUUUUAAAAAUAAUAAGGAAGUGAUACAGGCUGUGUAUAAAGUAACAAAUUUCGAUAGUACAGUAUCGAGAAACAUUACUGAAGAAGUCGAGAAUAAAUGUAUCUUACCAAAAAAUUUAAAAGAUAUGAAGAUUGAACCAUUUAGUUUAGAUACAUGUAUAAUUGUCACAAAUCGCUGCGUAUACGAAGUUGUUUUAAGAAAAUCUCUUGUAUCUAUUUUUAUGGAGAUGAUAUUGAAGAGAAACGAGUUUCAAAAAGCGGGAAAAUUAGCAACUGUUUUUGGAUUGAAUGGACAACAUCUUUUGGAAUAUGUAGGCGAUAUAUUCCUAUCGAAUAAAGAAUUCUCACAUGCAGUCGCUUCAUAUAAAAUGUCAAAGUGUAAAUUAUUAAAGAGCGUGUUAAAAUUUGCGUCGAUCGGACAUACUUCAGAAUUAUUAAGUUGUCUUACUCAUUGUUUAUUGACACCUGUCAUUACUGAGAUGCCUAUUGCAACAAGAAUACAUUUAUCUAAUUUGUGUAUACUUGCCUUUAUCGAAAUGACACUGAGGGUUUGGUCGGAACAAUCUAAAACGAUCUAUAAGGAGUUUUUGUAUUUUUCAUCUACAAAUACAUUUUACGACGAAUUACUAGCUAUUAAUAUAGCUGGUCAAACUUAUCUUUGGGAGGUAUUACACCAUUUAGCUACGCAAAGAAGUCUAUACGGUCAAAUGUUGGAUAUUCUCAUAAAGUCACAGAGAUUAGUAACAUUAUACGAUCCGACAAAUCCAGUAUUACGACCUAAACUAGUACAAUGUAGAGCACAUCGUAGAACAGCAUCGCCCAAUUUGCGAUCUGAUCAAUAUGAUUCUACAGAUUCUAUAGAUAAUAUCGAACAGCCUGAUACACUCAUGGAAGAGAUAAUAGAAACAUUUAUAUUGAUUUUAUUAACACUCAUCCAUAAGAAACGAUUAUUAAAUCCUAAUUUCAAAUUCACUCUUUUAUAUGAUGUCCAGUUACCAGAGAUAAGCAAGGAAUAUUCAAAAAUGGGUCUACAUGUUGAUUUUAAGAGAAGAUCGCUAAGUGCUGGAUUUUCUCACGUUGCACUUAUUAGAAACGGUAAUAUCUAUACUUGGGGAAGUUCAGUACAAGGUUGCUUAGGAACUGGCUCUAGUGUUUUGCGAUAUGGGACACCACACGCCAUAUGUUUCUUCAAAAGUAUGAAGAUUGAAGUUUUCAGUGUAUCAUGUGGACAUUGCCACACCUUGGCGGUGACCAAUAAUGGAAUCUACACUUGGGGAGCUAGUCAGUUUGGCCAGUUAGGACUUGGCAAAGUGUUACAAUGUUCGAGUCCGGUAUUAGUUACUUCAUUAGCGCAAGAAAUUAUUGUCGAUGCAGUAGCUGGACAAUAUCAUUCUGUAGCGUUAACUGCAGACGGCAGAAUAUUUACGUGGGGUUGGGGUAUUCAUGGCCAACUGGGUCAUGGUAAUACCGACGAGAAAGCUCUACCAUCCUUGGUCAAGGAUCUGCUUGGUGUAGUCGUGUGUUAUAUCAGUGCUGGAUACGCUCACACUUUAGCAUUAUCAAUGGAUGGUAUUGUGUACGCCUUCGGGUGUAAUAUUCUUGGUCAGUUGGGAUCAGGUAGUAACAUCAAAAGUUCUAUCCCGAUGAAAGUAUCAUUACCGGAUGAAAUAACACUUAUAAGUACUGGAUACUUUCAUAAUUUAGCCGUUAGUAACACGAACAAAUUAUACAUCUGGGGUGCAAGUCCACAGGUUCUUAGAUUGCAAGCGCAAGCGCAAAAGAAGACUCGUAUAUUAGAGCAACAAGAUGCUAAUGAGAAAAAGAAUAAGGUUUUAGAAGAUUUGGAGAAAGUAUCAAGUGACGUUACAAAUUUAAGCGAAAAAAUAAAAGAAGACUGUUUGAUGGAUAAUGUAAUCAAAUCUAAUCAAAUAGAAACGAUUACUUCCGAUGUAGACAUGCAAAAGAAGUUUGAAACUGAAAAUACAGAUUUGAAGAACCUCAACUUUGAUUUGCUCGAGGAAAAUCAGGCACAUUUAAAACCAUCCGUUGUCGAUACAAGUUUAGUAAAAGGGCAAAUUAAUCAGAUAUCAGCUGGCUGUCAUCAUAAUGCAUUGAUAACAAAAGAUGGUUCUUUAUAUACAUGGGGCCGCAAUUUAGACGGUCAGAUAGGUAAUGGCACGCGGCGAGAAGUGCCAAUUCCGACACCGUUAUAUUAUAAUUCAGCCUGUAUUUAUGCACAAAUACCUCCUAGACACAAUGAUAUAAAAAGAAUGCAAAAUCGGGAUUUUUUGGACAUUAGCAUCAAAUCGGAUAAUUUGUUGACAAAUAACGGAAAUGUGUCUGAGAAUGAGAAUAUCAGUGACUCAUCAAAGUCGAUACAUACAGGAGACGCUUAUGUGAAUAAAGAAAGAAUCAAUCCCGUAAUUAAUGUUGUUGGGAUUGCUUGUGGAUAUGAUUAUACGAUCGCGAUACAACCAGGAGGUACGGUACUAGCUUGGGGUAAUAACAGUAGAGCACAGUUGGGUCGUAUUCCUGCGAAAGAGGCACGUGACGCUGAUGAUAAACUCGUAUUGUUGAAAUCAUCGAAGCGAAUAGUACGAGUUCCUAAUGCGAUACACAUAGCUUUGGACGUUCCUAGUCAAGUACCUGGUAUUUCUGCUCCGAUGAUAUCUUAUCAACCUAAUGAACCAUUUUCUCUCACUGAAUUCGUUUAUCCUUUAAGCGUUAUUGAAAAGUCUCCUGGGCAAUUAACGCUUCAUUAUGUUUUGGAACAUUUCUAUGGUUUAUAUAAUUCUGAUAACAUUAUGAAAAAGUGCGUCGAAUUAGAGAAUUAUCAAGCUUGUUCGAAAAUAGCAAUAUUAGAGAAUAACAUUCUAAGUGCUUUCACUUAUCAAUUGAAAGUGUUACAUAAAUUGAGUCUUCAAUCGUCUAGAAAUUAUCCAAUAUCGAAAAUUCCGCAUAAAACAAUAGCGUCCACAAUUAAGAUUAGUUCACAAAAGGCAGAGAUGACGACGGAUUCUAUGUCAGCCCGAAAUAUUAAGAAAAAUACUGAACUAUUUAAUAGGCAAGCGGAGAAGAAUUUUAUUGAAUCUUUAGAGAACAGUGUUGUACGGAACUGGACGAAGAUUUCUACGAGUAGAUCACUGAAUAAUUUGCAAAUGCUCGCACAAGAAUUAUACUCUUUCGACUGUCAAGGUGGCUUGGAAGAAUUAUGCAAAACUCAAAGAAACGACGAUUCCUUGUCGAACAUUAACAACCGCUCUGACACUGAAUAUAAUGCUAACGAAGAUGAACAACAAGUAUGGAUUGAAAAUCUUAUGCUUAAUGAAAACGAUUCGCUGCUGCAGCACAAAAACAUUACUUGUCGUUCUGCGCAAGAUUUAACUCGAUCAAUCUGCACGAAAAUAAUAUCGAAUAUCAAUGACAAUCAAACGAAUCAGGGCGAUACGUAUGAAAAGAAGACUAUGUUUUCAGACCAGGUGUCUUCACGUGCUCAAAGGAAUUAUGUAAUCAACGAAACUAUAAAAGCUUUAAAGUUUUAUUUAAAAAAUAUUAAUGGUGAAGCAAAUACCAUAAAAUGUGAAAUAUUGUAUCAUGCAAUUGAUUUUUGGAUUGAACACAAUUUACCGAUGCAAAGUUUGGAAAAUAUUUUUUUCGAACAUAUACAUAUCAUUUAUUAUCCUCUUGGAUUAUUACUCUUUUGUCGAGACAUGAUAGAAAAAUAUUUAAAUGUAAACAAGUAUGAUGAUGAAGGAACGGACUGGUGCGCGAACAACUUAUUCUCAUUCAAAUUCUGCCUUCAAGUACUAUCGAUAUUAAUGCAACAUAUAGAUGAAGACGAUCCUAUGCCGGAAUAUGUUAAAAUUUUCUCCUCUUUAAUGGCGGACAAUUAUGGUGCUCCUUUAAAUAGACAUCCAAGUUCAAGUUCAAGAAAUAAUCCCAAACAAAUGAUGGAAGGAAUUGUUAAUACAAUAAUUUCUCAAAUGGAAGAUUCUAGAUUAUUUGCACACAUUAAGGAUUCGGAAACUGUAAAUCACUUACUUACGAUGGAAGAAGAUAAUAUGAUAUUUACUUGUGGACAUUACUUUCCAAUCUCCCUAUAUAAAGCGGAUGUUAUUCCAGCAAUGGAAACGGAAUUAUUGACAUCCCAAUCAUUAAUACUUCCGUGUACAUCGCAAUAUUUAGGAAAUGUAUUAUCCCAUGCAUCCAAGCCGGAAAUUCUAUGCCCUUUAUGUAUAAUUGAAGCAUUGAAAACGGUAAUUAAAGAUUGUGAAUAAAGUUGUGUUAAUUUUGGUACGGUCA